UGCAAAUUGUAUAACGCCGUCGAUAAAAAAGCGCUUCUGUUGCUUUAAUUAUCUGGGACGGAUUUACUGUUAUUCCUCUUCUCUCUCAUUUGUGUACUGACUUUCUGGCAUAUAAAUUUUAAAUCGCAUGUGGUAUUUUUUGUUGCGAAGCAACUGCACGUGCAAUUUAUACGUGACCCGUUUUUUUUAAACGCUUUUAGAGGGAGAAGAAAAAGUGACAAACCCGGAAGCGGAAUCUAUCCCGCCAUGUGUGGGAUAGGACACAGAAUAGCACUUGAAGGGCGAAGGGCAAUUGACAAAAGCGGAAGCGGAAUCCAUUAUUCUGGCUAUGUGGGUUGGUUCAAGCGGAUGCGUACUUUUCCGCUUGGAAAUUCAGCCGACAGAAAUUCCGUCUUUAUUCCACCAUGUGUGGGGUUCAUGGUCCUAUGUGCGGUAGUUUGGAAAGUUAAUGCGCAAUUUUUGAGUAGUUAUCCCGCCGCAAAUAGAACGGGACUAUACGGCAGGUCCGACGAUCUAAAUUAUUCAAAUAGAAACUAUGGAAAAGCAUACAAGAGCGGAGAUAACGACGAGAAACCUAAUGAGGAAAAUUACUUCUCCAGCGAGUACAGCAACAAUGUUUCCGUCUUUGAUGAAAACGGAGAGAAAGAAGACAGAGGUGAUCAAGAUAUUGAACGAGCUUCAUCUUCCUUCAAUUCGGAAAGGCCCAACUUACCACAUAGGAACUACGGAUCUUCAGCUUCGUACGGCUCGUCAGGAUCCCAGUUCAAUGCUUCCCAGGGAAGCUACGAAACUGGAAGUAAUAGGUUUGAUUCCACAAGCGGCAGAUAUGAUUCGAGGGGUGGUAGAUACGAUGCAAGCGGACGAUACAUAGGAGGAAGUUACGACGCUUCUAGAAGUAGUUACGGGCAAUCUGGGAGUGGUUACAAUGUCGCUAGGUCAGAGGGGUCUUACGAAUCGCAAGGAGGAUACGCCAGUGCAGGAUAUUCGAGUACUGGUGCACGGAGACCGUAUGCUAGCAAUUUCGAUAUCAUUGAGGCUCCUGGUAAUGCUCUGGGCCCUAAAGAUGGGAACGAACGAUGUAUACCGAAGUGCUUUGCCGAAAAAGGAAGCAAGGGCUAUCGUGGUCUACCUGGCCGUACUGGAGAAAAGGGCAUACGCGGAUUUCCAGGAGAAGAAGGAAUACCUGGGGAAAAGGGGGACAGAGGAGAACCAGGUCCGACUGGUCCAAGAGGACCAAAAGGCGACAGAGGCAGAACUGGCCUGCCGGGUUUUCCGGGAAUAAAUGGUGUUCCUGGUAUUCAAGGACCGGUAGGGCCAACUGGCCCUUCGGGACUAGAUGGUUGCAAUGGGACUGAUGGGCUACCAGGUAUGCCGGGUUUAAGUGGUGAACCCGGCCCUAGAGGUUAUCCGGGUCCUACUGGUAAAAAAGGAGUGAAAGGCGAAGCAGCCCAUUGUGAAAUAAAUUUGAAAGGUCAAAAAGGAGAACCCGGACGAGACGGCGUUCGCGGUCCUCCCGGCAAUCCCGGUCCUCAAGGGUCUAUGGGACCGCCUGGUUUUAAAGGAGAACCGGGUAUUCUGGGGGCAAGAGGACCACCUGGACCAAAGGGUGAAAGAGGUCCUGUAGGUCUAGCUUAUAAUGGCGCCAAAGGUGAAAAAGGAGAAUUGGGACCACCUGGAAAUAAAGGAGAGCCUGGAGCAAGCAACUUAGUUUCAAAUGGAACAGUCCAAAUAGGACCAAAGGGAGACCAGGGAUUGAAAGGCGACACGGGGCCACCUGGUAUUCAAGGCCCAAGAGGAGAGCCCGGUUCAGAGGGAGAUUAUGGAAUACCUGGCGGCGAUGGUAUGAAGGGCGAAAAAGGUUUAGUUGGAGCCCCUGGGCCCAGAGGUCGUGAUGGUUUCUCUGGUCCACCUGGUCCACCUGGACAAAAAGGGGAUAGAGGUGUCGAAGGACUACCAGGAUUACCAGGGAGACCAGGUUUGAAAGGAGAGCCGGGACUUGACGGUACUCGUGGCUUGCCCGGUCUUACUGGACCCCCUGGGCCGCCGGGUGGAGGCAAAGGCACGCCAGGUCCGCCAGGUCCACAAGGUCCUAGGGGAUUUCCUGGACCAGUGGGUCCAAAAGGAAUGGAUGGAUUUCCGGGGAACCCAGGGCCUCGAGGUCCUCAGGGUCCCAUAGGUGGUCCUGGCAUUCCUGGUCAACCUGGUAAUGAAGGUCCUCCAGGCGACAAGGGCGAGAAAGGCGAAUCUGGUUCAAUAGGAUUUCCGGGUGGGGAAGGUCCACGAGGAUUUCCGGGACCGCAAGGUCCGCAAGGUCCUCGAGGUUUAGCUGGAGAGAAAGGAUUAUCCAUAAUGGGGCUUAAAGGUGACGAUGGAUAUCCUGGUCGAGACGGACAAAAAGGUCAAAAAGGAGAAAAAGGUUUUCAAGGUCCACGAGGCAUACCCGGCGAUUCUUUGAACGGAAUUCCUGGAGAGCUGGGAUACCCGGGUGCACCGGGGGAGAAAGGCAAUCCUGGUCGACCAGGUUUACAUGGCAGUCCCGGACAACCUGGUUCAAAAGGAGAUAAGGGUGGCACAUGUAUUGAUUGUCUUCCUGGCGUGAAAGGUGAUAAAGGAGAUAGAGGUUACGACGGCAGAGAUGGAGAUAAUGGACCGAGGGGACCUCCUGGCGCUCCUGGUUUUAUGGGCGCGCCAGGUCCAGACGGGUUACCGGGUCGCCAAGGUCCGCCAGGAAUUCCAGGCAAAGAUGGAAAUGACGGCCCCAUUGGUCCACAGGGGAAUCCUGGUAUUCCCGCUGUCAUAUCUGAAAACUUAGUAAAAGGCGAAAAAGGUGACAAAGGAGAUCGUGGGCUUGAAGGAAGACCUGGUCCUAAAGGAUUUCCGGGACCGAUUGGUCUUAAAGGUGAUAAAGGAAUGCCAGGAUUUCCUGGAGAAAAAGGAGAGAGAGGGUUUCCCGGUCAACCUGGUCCUGCAGGUCUAAAUGGAAGAGAUGGAAUACCGGGACAAAAAGGUCAAAAAGGGGACAGCAUUAAAGGAGAACCAGGGUUUCCAGGUCUUGUAGGUGAUAGAGGAGAAAAGGGAGAACAGGGAGACCGGGGCAUUGCUGGAGUAGAUGGAGUCUGUCCCGCUAAUAUUGUGGCCCAAUUAAAAGGAAAUCAAGGACCUAUGGGAUUAAGGGGUGAACCGGGACCUCCAGGGAAAGACGGUGAAAGAGGCGAAAAAGGAGAUCAAGGUCGACCAGGAUCUAGAGGACCUGUGGGAUUACAAGGACCACCAGGACCAGUGGGACGACGCGGUCUACCUGGUCCCAGAGGAGACAAGGGGGACCGAGGUCCCUUAGGAUUUCCUGGAGAACCAGGUCGAGACGGACAAAGAGGUUUGCCUGGGUUGAACGGUCCUAAAGGUUUAAAAGGAGAAGCUGGGAUACCGCAAGUUGGUCCUCCUGGAAUUCCGGGACCAUUAGGAAUUAAAGGCGAGAAAGGUCUUCCAGGGUUUCCUGGAAAACCAGGGCCGCGCGGAAAUGAUGGAUUACCUGGCUUAAUUGGAGAAAAGGGAGAUACAGGUGAGCCAGGUUUAAACGGUUUGCCUGGUCCUUCGGGAGAAAAAGGUGAACCUGGUCCAUUGGGGCCCCAAGGCACUCCGGGUGUUCCAGGCCCACGAGGACCAGCUGGACCCAAAGGGCAAGCUGGUUUAAAGGGAGAACAAGGAAAAGCCGGUAUGCCCGGAUUUCCGGGUCUUAAAGGUGAUAAAGGCGACAUCGGACUCCCAGGUCCUGUAGGAAUGAAAGGCGCAUUGGGUCGCCCAGGAUCAACAGGUUUGCCUGGAAUGGAUGGUAGGCCUGGCUUAAAAGGUGAUCGAGGGGACAAAGGUUAUCCAGGUCCUUCGGGACCACCAGGUUUGGUUGGCAUGCCUGGGCAAGUUGGAUACCCAGGAGAAAAGGGAGAUACAGGUCCUUAUGGUCCUCCAGGUCUCCCUGGACCUCCGGGAAACCUUGGGCUAAAGGGAGAUGCUGGACUUCCUGGAAUUCCUGGAAGAAAAGGUGAACCUGGUGAAGCAUCCGAAAAGGGACAAAAAGGAGAACCGGGGUUAUUUGGUUUACGGGGUCCCGAAGGACGCGAAGGGCCAAUGGGUCCACCAGGCCAAAAAGGAGAUGUUGGGCUACCUGGGCAAAGUAUAAGGGGACUACCGGGGUCAAAAGGUGAUCGCGGAGAUCGUGGCAUAGACGGAAUACCAGGAACACCCGGUCAAAAGGGAGAUAGAGGCUUGCCUGGAUUUAUCGGAAACAAAGGCGAAAGAGGAUUCCCGGGGGAAAGUGGGCAACCAGGAAUGGAUGGUAAAGAUGGCGCGCUGGGGUUGAAAGGAGAAAGAGGAUUUCCUGGUGCUCCCGGACUUGAUGGUGAAAAGGGGGACAAAGGAUCGCCAGGUAUAAAUGGAUUUGAUGGAACGCCAGGACCAAAAGGUUCUCCAGGACCUAUAGGAUUAAUAGGACUUCCGGGAGAGAAAGGCGAUUUUGGAGAAAGGGGUCCCCCUGGACCUUUCGUACCGGUUAAAGGUGAAAAAGGUGAACCUGGUCCGCCCGGAAUUAGUGGGCGACCAGGCGAGAAAGGCAAUAUUGGAUACCCAGGGCCCGUUGGAGCUCCAGGUGAGAAAGGCGAUAUUGGGUUCCCAGGAAUAAAAGGAGACAGAGGUUGGCCUGGUCCGGAAGGAAGAAAAGGUGAUAGAGGUAUAACAGGGCUCCCAGGUUUGCCUGGAUCAACCGUAAAAGGAGAGAAAGGUUUACCAGGCUUGCCGGGUAAAAAUGGUAGAGACGGGUCCCCUGGUAUACAAGGAGAAAAGGGAGAACGAGGACUUGCAGGCCUUCCAGGCAGAACGGGACCUGUCGGACCACCAGGUCCGCUUGGUCCGCAAGGACCUAAAGGUGAUAGAGGAUUUGAUGGACGUCCAGGGCCUCCUGGUUUGGAAGGACCUCCAGGAAGACCUGGCAUAGACGGACUUCCAGGACCGCUAGGCGAAAAAGGCGACAGGGGACCACCGGGAUUACUAGGAGCUCCUGGAGAAAAAGGAGAUAGAGGUCUGACUGGUAUACCAGGCCGGCCAGGAGAAAAGGGCGAUAAGGGCGAUAGAGGUCGAGAUGGAAUUAAUGGUAGGCCCGGUCCAAUCGGUCCCGCUGGUUUCAAAGGCGAGCAAGGAUUACAAGGAGAGAUUGGUAUUAUUGGAUUAGUCGGACAAAAGGGAGACAAGGGCAUAGCUGGCUCACCUGGAGUUCCGGGAUCAAAAGGAGAUAGGGGACCGUCAGGGCCUCCCGGUCCUCCAGGCUUGGAUGGAAAACCGGGUAUUGAUGGUCUUCCAGGUCCACAGGGGCCCAUAGGGGAUAAAGGAGAUAGAGGAUUCCCUGGACCAGCUGGAUUAAUUGGUCAACAAGGAGAGAAAGGAGAUCGAGGAUUUGAUGGUGUUAACGGCCGCGAUGGCUCGAUCGGAGCUAUUGGACAGAAGGGCGAACCAGGUGCACCAUGCGAAACUGUGUCAGAUUACCUAACUGGUACUCUGUUAGUGCGUCAUAGUCAAAGCCGCGAAGUACCCCAGUGCGAGAGAGGUCAUACUAAAUUAUGGGAAGGAUAUUCUCUGCUUUAUGUUUCUGGCAACGAAAAACCACAUAGUCAAGAUUUGGGUAUGGCCGGUUCGUGUAUCCGUAGAUUCUCGACGAUGCCUUUUGUAUUCUGUGACAUAGACAACGUUUGCAAUUACGCCAGUCGUAACGACAAAUCCUACUGGCUGUCCACCAGCGCACCGAUACCUAUGAUGCCAGUCGAGGAAAAUUUAAUUCAAGAUUACAUCUCAAGGUGUGUCGUCUGUGAAACUCCAGCUAACGUCAUAGCAGUCCACAGCCAAUCGCUGUCUCUGCCAGAUUGUCCAGACGGAUGGUCGUCUUUGUGGAUCGGCUACAGCUUUGUUAUGCAUACGGGAGCUGGCGCCAACGGCGGAGGUCAAUCACUUUCGAGUCCCGGUUCCUGUUUGGAAGACUUUAGGUCAUCUCCAUUUAUCGAAUGCAAUGGGGCACAGGGACAUUGCCACUAUUUUUCGAACAUGCUCAGUUUCUGGCUGGCCACUAUCGAAUCGAAUCAGCAAUUCCAGAAACCUCAAAAACAGACCCUCAAAGCUGGCAAUAUACGUGACAGAGUAAGCAGGUGCCAAGUGUGCAUUAAGAACACGUAAUGACCUGUCUCGAUAGGACGGUUUGUGCGUAAAAUACUGUGUAUACAUUUUGCGCGGUAUCAUUUUCAAUGAAAAUCCACGCGCAUAGAUUAUCACUUUUCGCAUGACGUGUUCAUACCAAUCAGUGUUCCUUUCACUUCGAGCGCUUGGUCGUCUGUUGUGAUAGAAUUUACGUGUCGGAUGGUCAAGUGCUCGUUCGCUAUAGAGUGCUUAAAAUUGUGUAAAAAGCUUUUAACCUCAUAAUUGAUACUGCCGUGCCAUGUCUUAAACAUAAUGUAAAGAGUUUUUGUAUAAUAAUUAAUAUUUUAAGAUGUAUGUAUGUAUAAAUCUAAGUAAGUUACUGUUAUCGGCAUACUACCGCUAUCUAUUUGUUACUUUAAUCCAGUUUACGCAAUUUUUCUAGAGAUCAAUGUAAUUUUUUGUUAAUCUGGGCUUUAGAAUGUAUUAAACCAAUCUAAUUGGGAGCAAUGCAAUAUGUUUCGAGCAGCGUCGGUGCUAUAGUGUAUCUUUAAGUUUACUGAAUAUUUUUUUGGCUUCUCUUUUAGCCCUUACAUUCCCUUCAGUCAAGGUAAAAAAAGGUUCUAUUUACUCUAGUCAAAACUAUGUUUGAAUAGGUAAAAGUGUUGGAACAUUACUGUUUUAAUUGUCGCAGUUACUUGAAGCGCCCUGACAUUUUAAAACACUGCCAUUUAUAAUAUUUAUAAAAAUAACUUGA